AUGAAUGGCGGUACACUCGUCAUGCGUGGAGAGAAAGUUCCGUCGCUGAAUGUAUUCGAUGUUGGUUUUGAUGUACACCCAUCUCUCGUCCAUCUUGUCGAUUCUCACGGGAUCCUGUCACCUCGUCUGGCCAUUCUUCGCCUCCGCCCUCAAAAACCCAUCAGUAUCAUCAACUGCUUCUCACUAACAUCAGCAGCCGAUGACCUCCUACAAAUUCGUCAUCGGGGACUUCAACGCAAAACUAGGAAAGGCAGAAGAGGAAUACAGGAACGGAAAAUUUGGACCAGGGGACCGGAAUGA